CGUCGCGAGUAGAGUGCGCCAGCAGCAUUAGUCUUCGGUGGCCGGACAAGCAGAUGUCCAGCAGAUGCCCAUCGGCCAUCGAGUAUAGGUAUCACAUCUCGCUGCACAGAGCUGGCGAUUGGUAGCGCGCGCGGCUGUUCUGCGUUGUUGUAGUUUAUAGGUUACACGCACAGCCGAGCGCAAGAGUAUAUAGGUACUCAUGGCAGUUCGAGUCUGUAUCCUCGCUAGUUCGCGCAUAUAAGCCGUACGUUAUACAUGUACAGCUAUACGCGUAGUGUAGGUAGUGCAGUGUGUCCGUCUGUCGCCGCGCGAAAAAUGACAAUUCUCGCCGCCGCGGAGGAAUAACAAAACAACGCGCGCUACAAGUACUGCUGCGGCUGCUGCUCUGGCCGGUGCUGGUCUGCUGGCCAUCCUUUCGUCGUUCAGCACCUCUAAUCGUGCUGCCCGUGUGUAUACAUACCUGCACGCGCAAUAGUUCAUUCAUCUCGGGCGUCGUUCCUCCGGGUGCUUCUGUCUCCGAGGUUGCUCUCGUGCAUUGGCCGUUCUGGGCGUUGAGAAACGGAGCGAGUUUCAGUGCUGUGCUCGUAGACAGUGCGUGUGUAUAGAGAGUGAGACGAGCGCGGCCCAGCAGGCGAGAAAAACAGACAGGAGAGAGGUUAUGUCGAGAGGCUCGCAGGUCGUCCAUCAUCACCGCCGACGACGACCUGCUGCUGACACAGCCAGCGUAGUUUCCAACUCCUGGCAUCAGCUGAGUCGGCCGACAACUUCCUCUGGUUACCUGGUCCAUUGAUGACCGAUACGCACCACGGAUUUUACGUCUGUCAGAGUCACUCUCAGAGCAAUGGACAUUUGCUUAAACUCUGAGAUAUGACUUUGGAUGUUGAUCUCAUGCCACUGAAUCAUGAUGAUCGAACCACGCUUUAGUUUUGAGGACGCUUGCAGACAAGCACAGGAAAUGAUAAACCAGGUAUCCAGAAAUCAGAGAGAUGUUCAAGGGCAGGGACAAAGUACCUUGGACAUUUCACUGGACAAUAUCUCAAGGUCUGCAACUGUAAUCAACAGUCACAAGAAGGAACAGAGCUACUCCAAACAGAGCAUUCAAUCCAAACUUACUAGGCUUUACUUUGAGGAGCUGUCCCAGGCUCCUCAAGCUCCACCAGAUUCUGUUCUUAGCAACCUUGAGAAUGAAUGCGAUCUACUGGGGCGGUUAGUACAAAAGGAUGGACUGCACACACUCAUAGUCAAUCUCUAUGCUGGUAACAAAGGUUACUCUCUAGGUGUGAGAAACAGUCUCAAAGGGGCAAACCAGUAUGACAAAAACACAUCAGUUUCGGAAACCCAGUUAAUGGGUUACGAGCAAGGCGAGUUGCUGUCAUGUAUCGACAAUGGCCAGCUUCCAGCAUCGUUGGCCGAGCAACUGGAGGUCAAUCACUCUCACCUCUUCUACGACGGUUGCAUUAUCGCUGAAGUUCGCGAUCACAGGAAGGUCUACCCUCACAACAAACCGGAGAAGCAUCACGUUCUCCUGAAACCUAGCACACAGAGUGUACUGUCGGACGUAUCGGCGUUAACGAGCGACGGAGAUUGGAGCCAUGAGGAGCGUCUGAUUCUGGAAUCGCGUAUCGUUGCGGCGACUCAAGGUCCACUCUGCCUCGACCCUAAUCCCAUACCUAGUCUAGCAACGACACGUUUGCGCCAGUCCAAGACCCUCUUUGCUGAUCUCCAACUUGUGCGUCAGGCUAAAAAAUUCUCACAGGUAACGGUAAACCGCAAGAGAAAAUUAGAGCAGCUGGCACAGCCAGAAGGUCUUACGAUCCAGGAUCUGAUGCAGAAGCUGCGGUCCAAGCGGAACGUCCAAGCUCCGUCGUCGUCAAUGAGCACCGCUUGUCCACCGCCUUCUCUGAAUACUCCUCCUCUCCAACCUCCAAACACUCCGGUGGAUGUUUUGAGGUAUGCCAAAGCGUACGAGCAACCCCGGGAAACAAAAGACUGCCUUCCACAACUCAUCGAGGAGUAUAUCCUGGAGACCGAAAGAGGCCAAGGCCGUAUUUAUCACAUAAAACUCUCCAUCUUACAAAGACCUUCCAAUUCCGAGUACCUAGGAGAACUUUACGUAGAUAUCGAUUAUAGAGAGGGUGAAAAGAAAGGAUCUUCCUGCAGAUUUACAUUGGGUACGAGAGCCCAAGCAAAUCAUUAUAUUCAACAGUUCACCGAAAUAUUCACAGAGGAAGGCAGGAAAAAUGUGAAGAUUCAGCAUGUUGUACCUGGACAGCCUCCUCGCGUAACCUGUACUCCUGGUAUGCAGAGAGCUCAUCAGCAGCAGCAGGCCCAGCAGCAGGCUCAACAGCAGGCGCAACAGCAAUUGCAGCAACAAGCACAGCAAGUACAGCAGCAGCAGCAGCAGCAACAGCAGGUUUCGAACGUGCAACGAGUGCACCAUCAAGUUAAGGCCCAUUUAGUUGCUCAGCAGUUGCAACAACGUGCGCAGAUCUUGUCGCGGGCGCAAGGUCAGCUAAACACACUCGCCGGACAAGUAGCCAAUUCGAUAAAAGCUAUGGAGUUACCGGCAGUUGCCGCACUACGUCAGCAGCAGCAGCAACAACAGCAACAGCAGCAACAGCAGCAACAAGUUACUACGAGCCAGCUGGUCAAUUGCCUGGAUAGCGUAGCCGUACAGAGUAUACCGGACAUCGUGCAAGGCAACCAAGUUCCCGUGACUGUUAAUGUCGAGCAGAGCUUGACUGCACCACGAGUUGCUACUGCAGGUCAGACCGUGUCUCUGGAGAACGCAACUGCUGGCGCUGUUACGAUGGGUGCUGGCGAUAUGACACAGUGCAACGGAUCUGCGGGUAUCCUAGUCUUCCAGCAAAAACCCGUACCUACUCCUGCUCCUCCGACCAAUCCUUCUAGUGUUCCUGUUCUGCAAGCGCAGUUGCAAGCGGGCACGUUAAGCAACUUAACUGACACGAGCAAUCAUAACGACGUAGCGUUACAGAGGAAUUCAACUAUAAGUGCUCUUGCAACUUCCCUCAUGAAUUCCGCUCAGCAAUUCACACAGCAGCAACAGGCAGCAGCUAAUGCUGCUGCCGCUGCUGCCGCCGCCGCCGCUUCCAUGAACAACACUGUUGCUCAGACUGUUACAAAAUCAAACAAUGCCGCGAUCCUUAGCCUUCUUAACAGUAGUCCUGCUAAUUUGACCCAACAAAAAACUCAACAGCGAAGGAUUUCUUUGAACGCUGCAUCGUUACCGCAAAGGAUUUUAGGUCACGGAAAUGUAAUUACCGUUCCGAGCACAACAGGCCAAGUAAGGGUGAGCUUCAGUUCAGCUUUAGCGGCUAACCAAGCGAAACAGCAGCCGGGAAAAACGACAGCAGUUAGACUCGCUCGAGUCCAAGAUCCCACUUCCACGUUAGGUUUAACUAUGCCAGGCUUGUCAGCCUUACUUGCUGGUACUCCCACGGAGGACAACCCGGUACCUGGAAUAACAGCAGCCUCGUCACUGUUUGAAAGGCUCACUGCCUCAUCGAAUCAAAUCAGUCAGCCUGCCAGUCCAAUGACUAGUCCGCCACCAGCUACACCACCUACGCAGCAGCCAAUGCAACAGCAGCCUACGAACGUAAAUCUUCAGGGCGUCAAUCUCGCUAGUUUACCAAAUUCCAUGAAUGGUAUCCAGAACGUUCAGGUUUCCAUUCCUGGUCUAUCGCAAGCUCUCACAAUGGCUCUGAACCCGGCUGGAGGUAAUGUUGUUACACCGACGGGUGUUAUCGUUUCUCUUCCAAUGUCGUCGGCUACAAAUACCUGUUCUACCGGAUCCAGUAUGAUACCGGCGACAAUAGUUACGAGUGCUGUAGCGGGAAGUACUUCAACUGUAGUUAUAGCGAAUCCUGCCAAUGCUCAUUUAUCGUUACCAAUCGCACAAUUAAUACCAUCUGGUGUUAAAGGUUUAACUCAACAAAAUAUACGUACUAAUAAUACUGCCGUUACCCUUUCUCAGGGAGGACAGGCCAUACAACUCGUUGGAUCUCAAAGGCCAAGACUGGGUCAAAUUGCGCGCCAAGUUCAGUCUAAUCAAGCCAAAUCCUUAACGAAUCAGUUAGUAGCUGUGUCGAAAACGGUUACUGCGAACCAACUUGUAUUAUCUCGUAAUAAGCAAAUCAUAACUCCUAUUAUGGUAGCAGCUUCUAAGCCAAUGCUGAUGACCACACAGUCGGGCGCAUCAGCAUCUCAAUCAGCGAUAUCUUCUGCAGCGAAUAAGCAGACUUUACUCGCUAAAUCGUUACACGCUAGGUCCGCCACGGCUGCGGCUAUGGGACAGUGCAACUCACAGGCACAAGCUCUCAAUGCAGUAGCUGGUUUAUCUCAACAACAGCUUCAGCAAAUACAGCAGUGCCUUGCCGCGCAACAAAAAGCGAAUCUGGCCAACGCCAACGCCUCGACGACCGGCAGGACGCAGAUCCAGCCGCGAGGCAGCACUGGUGGUGGCGGCGACGACAUGCUCUGAGCUUGCUUCCGUUUCCGCCAAAUCUUCCUCCUACGAGACUUCCUUUGCAAAAAGUUCGUUGAUGUCCGUUGUUGAUCGCGAAAAGCGAAACGAACAAGGAGGACGCCCGCCUCACUGCAUGGCCUCGAUAUUACGAAUCACAUGACGAUGAAUUGAACAUAUUUGUAUAAAGUAUUUUAGCAAGAAACAAGGACUCGGCUGUAUCUUCGUAUGUAAUAAUGUUGGGUAAAAGAAGUUACAAAGAAUCGUGUAUAUCCGCGGUAAAUGUUGUGUUUUACCGAUGAUCCAGAUUUUUUCGCCUCGUUCGUUACUUGUACGUUCACUUUUUUGCGCGAAAGAAAACGUUUCAAUUAUUGUAGA